UGGAUUCGGAACCGCCACCAAAAAUAGUGCAAAGGCCCCGCGCUGCCGCUUUCUUUAUGCUGUACCUCUCGCCCUAAAAUCAGCCAUGCCCCGCAGGAAGGCGGCGGGGCCGCCCUGGGACGCGGCGGGCCCGGGCCCUCAGGGCGGCGGGCGGCGGCGGCCGGGCCCUCAGGGCGGCGGGCGGCGGCGGCCCCGGCCCAGCGGCGGCAGCAGCGGCGGCAGCAGCGAGGACGAGGCGCCCCGGGAGCGGCGGCCGCGGGACGGCAGCCCCGGGGCCCGCAGGCCCGGCAGGCCCGGCGCGGCGGCGGCGGCAGCGGCAGGGCCCGGAGGCCCCGCGGCCCGCGGGCAGAGCGUGGUGAUCUGCGAGCCCGAGCACAGCAAGGAGCGCAUCAAGCUCGAGGGCUCCCGGAGCCGGGGGCAGCUCCUGAUCUUCGGUGCCACCAACUGGGACCUGAUUGGCCGCAAGGAGGUGCCCAAGCAGCAGGCGGCGUACCGGAACCUGGGCCAGAACCUGUGGGGUCCGCACCGCUAUGGGAGCCUGGGGUCGCUGCGGGUGCGCUCGGUGGUGUCGGGGCCCUGCGCCGCGCACAGCCUGCUCAUCACCGCCGAGGGCCGCCUCUGGAGCUGGGGGCGGAACGAGAAGGGGCAGCUGGGCCAUGGGGACACGAAGCGCGUGGAGGCUCCGCGGCCGAUCGAGGCCCUGGCCGGGGAGUCCAUCGUGGCUGCGGCGUGCGGCCGGAACCACACCCUGGCACUGACCGAGAGUGGCUCCGUGUUCGCCUUUGGGGAAAACAAGUUGGGCCAGCUGGGGCUGGGGAACCAGACAGACGCCGUGCCCAGCCCCACCCAGAUCCUGUACAAUGGGCAGCCGAUCUCCAAGCUGGGCUGCGGGGCCGAGUUCAGCAUGGUCAUGGACUGCAAGGGGAACCUGUAUUCCUUUGGGUGUCCGGAGUACGGACAGCUGGGGCACAAUUCCGACGGGAAGUUCAUCGCACGGGCGCAGCGCAUCGAGUACGACUGCGAGCUGCUGCCGCGGCGCCUGGCGCUGUUCGUGGAGCGCACCAAGGACGGGCAGGUGCUGCCCGUGCCCAACGUGGUGGUCAGGGACGUGGCCUGCGGGGCCAACCACACGUUGGUGCUGGAUUCCCAGAAGCGUGUCUUCUCCUGGGGCUUUGGGGGCUACGGACGCCUGGGCCACGCGGAGCAGAAGGACGAGAUGGUUCCCAGGCUGGUGAAGCUCUUCGACUUCCCGGGACGCGGCGCCUCCCAGAUCUACGCGGGAUACACCUGCUCCUUCGCUGUCAGCGAGACAGGUGGAUUGUUCUUCUGGGGCGCCACCAACACCUCCCGGGAAUCCACGAUGUAUCCCAAAGCCGUGCAGGAUCUGUGUGGGUGGAAGAUCCGCAGCCUGGCCUGCGGGAAGAGCUCUGUGAUUGUGGCGGCCGACGAGAGCACCAUCAGCUGGGGACCCUCACCCACCUUCGGGGAGCUGGGAUAUGGGGACCACAAACCCAAAUCCUCCACGGCGGCGCAGGAGGUGAAAACCCUGGAUGGGAUCUACACCGAGCAGGUGGCCAUGGGCUAUUCCCACUCUCUGGUGAUCGCCCGGGACGAGUCGGAGGCAGAGCAGGAGAAGCUGCGGAAGCUCCCGGAGUACAACCCCCGCACCCUCUGAGGGGCCCUGACCCCAGUCCUGAUCCUGGUCCUGGUCCUGGUCCUGCUUCUCCAUCCUGGCCGCCGUUCUCCUUCCCGAUUCCCGCAUUCCC